GACACCAUUUCGAUGAUGUAUCGCGGAAGUGAUAUUUUUCAACAACAAAACAAAACAGAAACCAGAAUUCUUAGAAGAGUCAAAACUCACAGGCUUGUUGUUCGUUGAUACGUCCAGACUCAGACUAGGGAUCCUGCACAUAUUUAAAGAACCAGAUAUGGGGGACCCAAAUAUGGCACCCAUGACAGAGCUGGCUCGACUGAACUUACGACGUCAUCGUCAGUCACUCAUUGAUGACCUCGAUGUCGAGUUCAUCUCUGAUCAUCUUAUAGAAGAAUUUGUUCUUGAGUUGGACGAUGUAGAGCUGAUAAUGUCAAAGGCAACAAGAAGAAGGAAAGCGGUGACCUUUCUAAACAUGAUCACAACCAAAGGUCAACAUGCCUACAACAGUACUUACGCUGCUCUGAAGAAGAUGCAGCCUCAUCUAGCCCUGUUCCUGGAGGAUGCGGUCACCGGGCAGGGUCAUCUUGUCAAAGGAGCAUCCUUAGAUGGAUUCACCAAGGCACAAGCUGACAUACUACUCCGGAAGGGAGGGGUACCGAUACCCCCGUCCGUCUUCACACCCCGCCCCAACCAUGUCGUGAAGAUCAAGGAAGCACUGAUGAAUCUCAAAGAUGGACCUGGUUGGUGCGUUGUCCACGGGAUGGGAGGCAUUGGCAAAUCAGUCAUAGCAGCAGCUUCAGUAAGAGACACAGAAAUCCUCUCAGAUGUGUUUCCUGGUGGCUUGUUCUGGCUGUCUGUGGGCAAUGUUGAUAAAGCUAAGCUCCUAUCCAAGGUGCAGAACCUCUGUGCCAGACUAGAUGAAGACGUUGAUAGAUCUCCGCCGCAUAAUUUAGAAGAGGGCAAGGAUCGGUUGAGGGCGCUCUUCAUUGACAAACAUCCGAGAUCCCUGUUGAUCCUUGAUGAUGUCUGGUCAACGAGAGUCAUUCACACGUUUGAUGUUCAGGCUAGAGUCAUGGUGACAACUAGAGACAGGGGAGUCACAGACAGAGUUACAGGUCCGGUGCAUCGGGUACAACUAGAAGAAGGUUUCUCUGAAGAGCAAGCCUUAGCAACCUUAGCAGCUUGGACGCUUCAAGAGGUCAAGACGUUACCCCCAGAGGCCAAGGCUAUCUAUGAAGCUUCUAAAGGGUCUCCUCUGGUCAUCUCAAUCAUAGGAGCUCUACUAGCUGAUCAUCCUACGAGAUGGAAGUAUUACCUUGACAAGCUCACAAGGAAACGGUAUGCGAGCCUGAAGAAGGUCACGGCCUAUGAGUAUGGUAGCGUUGGUGAAGCCAUGGGGAUGAGUCUGGAGCAGCUACCUCAAGAGCUAAGAGACAUCUAUAAAUCAUUCGCUAUAUUUGCAGAAGAUGUGCCUAUCCCAGCUUCAGUACUUGGAGUGAUGCACGGUGAGGAGCAAGAAUCGAUAGAAGACAUGAUGGAAGAAAUCAUCAAUAAAUCACUCGCAUUCCAAGAAUGGAACACAACGUAUAAAUGCCAAAUGUAUACUAUCCAUGACCUCCAACUUGACUUUCUAACUGAACAAUACAAGACAGAUAUACAGGACAUGAACAAGAAGCUAGUGGACAGCUUCCAUAGCCAUUGCAAGAGUGAGUACCACACGCUGCCCGAUGAUGGCUAUAUCCACAUGUACCUGGCAGCACACAUGGCAAAGGCUGAAGAAUUCGCUGAGCUCACAAAGAUACUCACUAGCCUUAGAUGGAUCACUAACCAGGUUGCCUUGACGGGACCUGCGAAUACCUUGAGUGACUAUGUGAGCUACAAGAACCUGUUAUCAUCUGAGGUUAAAGACAUUGUGAGUCAGUUCCAGUACUUUGUGAGUGUGAAUGCACAUCUCCUCAUGCAAUCACCCCUCCCCGACGUCCUACAACUUGCCCUUCUUCAACCGGAUACCACCGAGGUAUGUCAGCAAUCUAGGAGACUGGUCAAAGCAAAGCAGAAUGGUUUCUACGUCGAGUGGUGCAAUAAAUACCUAGUAAGAGAUUCCCUCCUGAUGACUAACACUCCACAUUCAGGGGUAACGAUGUGUGCUCAGUUCAAUGCUGCUGGAGACCAUGUCUUAUCUUGUGGAGAAGAUGGCUAUGUAAAGUUCUGGAGUAGUGAGUCUGGCAAGCAAGCAUUCAGCAUUGAAGCUCAUAACAACUGGGUCAACUGGUGUGAGAUAUCACCUGACGGUCAAACCAUGGUCACAUGUUCAAGCUCAAACGUCAAACUGUGGCGGAUACCCAACGGAGGAUAUCCCCUUCACCAGGCUAUGAUUAGGAAGAUCCCGGGCGAUUGGUUGAGGGCGAUAUUCUCUCACGAUGGAACAAAGAUUGCUAUGUGCUCUCUAGAUGGACUCAUUGAGAUCCUUGACUUGACAGAAGACAGAAGGAAGAUGAUCCGUGCGAGUGACUCUGUGAUCAGAGCACUGUGUUAUACACUGGACGAUAGAUAUAUUAUAUCAUGCUCUGACGAUACCAAAGUAAAGGUCUUCGAUGCAUCCUCAGCAAUGUCUGACCCGGUCAUGUCGUACACUGGUCACACGACGUCGGUCAUCAACGCCAGCCCUUCACCGGACGGUCAGUACGUGGCCACCACAGGGGGCAGCGAUGUCCAUGUCUGGACGAUCGUGGACGGGGCAUUGGUUGGGAAGUGUAUGAGUGAAGCCAACAUGGUCUUGUGUUGUGAGUUCUGUCCUAAAGGUGACAUCAUCGCAGGGGGUCUUUCAUCCUAUGAGAUUGUGUUAUGGGAGACAAGACGUUACAAGCCAGUAGCCGUCUUCAAGGGUCACACGUCUUGGGUGAUGAGUGUCAAGUUUGAUGUCAAAGGUGAAAGGUUGGUGUCUGCUUCAGAUGAUGAAACCGUCAGGACUUGGAAGGUGGAGUAUGGUCACACUGAUUUGAAUAGUGUGUGGAAGAGAGAUUUCACCGCUUGCUUCUGCGAUGGCGAUAAAAGACUCAAGUUUGUGGUUGCCGGUGACAACAAGAACAGAUGCCUGGUGACUGACGGUAGAAAUGUUGAUCAGACGUUCGUAGUAAGUGAGGAAUCUCGGAGGAUCAGAGCAUUUGCGUUGACGAGUGAUAACACCAAGGUGGCUUACGGAUCAGAUGGAGGUGUAGUUAAGGUAGCUAAUGUAGAAACCCAUGUUGUAGAACGUUCUCUUGAAGCUCACACCAUGGAUGUCCGUCAGUGCCUGUUCACCAGAGAGGGCGACACACUCGUUACCUGCUCUAGUGAUGGUCUCAUCAAAAUCUGGCCUGAAGGAGGAGAGGUGAUUGAGUGUAGAGGUCAUACCAAAGCUGUUACACAGUGUCAGCUGUAUCAGAAUGAUGCUAAGAUACUCUCAUCAUCGCGUGACGCCACAUUAAAGAUCUGGGAGUUGAGUACUGGGCAUUGCUUAGCAACCAUCGAGGCUCAUUCCGAUUGGAUUUUCAUGUGUGCUAUUUCUCCUGAUCACUCAAUGGUUGCAUCCGUGUCAGUGGAUAAAACAGCGAAGGUUUGGGAUCUUCAGUCCCACAAGCUCAGAAAGGUGUUGGAUAAUCACAUUGAUAGUGUGCGGACAUGUCGCUUCUCACCAGACUCUACUCUGCUAGCUACGGGAGAUGACAGUGGGAUUGUGAGGAUCUGGAAUAUAUCAAGUGGUGAUGAGGUCGGGGAAUGUCAUAAGCACAAAUCUUGGGUGACGGACAUCAAGUUCUCUCCUGAUGCUAAGAUUGUGAUGACUGCCGGAGAGAAUGUCAAGUGGUGGCAGCUAGACGGUACACUCCUGCAGACCUUCCAUGUACGAGGGACAUUCAUCAGACAGGUUCAAGCCAGUCCAUCCUUCCAAACCUUUGUGACCAUCGACAGCGCUGGCAUCCUCUAUCUGAUGUGCAGAGUCAAACAAAAUCAUCAAGCCAAUGGGGACGCUAGACAAAUAAUAUAUGUCUAGGCCGAGCUAGUACAGUGAAACCUUUGAAACCGCAGACAAGCACUGGCAUCCUCUAUCUGAUGUGCAGAGUCAAACAAAAUCAUCAAGAGAAUGGAGACAGUAGACAAAUAAUAUACGUCUAGACAGACACAGGUGGUAUCUUGUAUAGUCAGGGCUCCUACAUGUAGCUAUCCCUUAAAUCUGGCAAAACAUAGAAUUUGAAAAUGAGUAUUCUCUUAUUUCCAGUCCUGUGUUUUUCUAGUCCAGAUGUUUGAAACCAUUGACAAGCACUCGUCUUGUAUCCUAUAUCUAAUGUGCAGGGUAAGUCCCAACCAUAUAGAGGAGGGGGUGCUACUGAAGUUUGAUACGUUUAGACCAAGCUACAUGUAGUAUCUCGUAUAGUCAGGGUUCCCAGCUAUCAUUAAAAUUAAGGGAAAUCUGUAAAAAGAGAUCUAUUUUCAGUCCAGACAUUUGUAAUCAUCAACAGUACUGGUAUUCUAUAUCUCAUGUGCAGGAUUAAAACCAAAUCAUUAAGAGAACGGGACGCUAUUUGAGCAUAGACAGCGCUCAUAUCUCCUAUACGUGUACGUGUAUGUCUAGAAUGAGCUAUGUCAUACACUCCAACUAGUAUAAAAGAACAGGUAGUUGUUAUUUGUAGUGUCAUGAAACUUUAAAGUUUACUUUGCUUUUAGAAAUAGAAAGAGGCUGUAUAGGUUUAUAACUAAAGAUAGUUCUGCAGAGUGGAAAUAAUUUUGAAAAAUUUAUACACUUGCCUGCUGAAAAGUACUACACUUUGCAAUUUAAUUGCAUAUGAUAUAGGUACAUAUGUAUAUGUAGUUAUUUCUGAUCAAGUUUGUAAGAUCAAUUACUUUGUUGUAUGUUUAACUUUUAUAAACAAUGCAUACUCUUCCAUGAGAUACAGGGAUUUUGUUUUUGUAAUAUUACUAAUGUACUUUCUUCUAAUUCAGAAUAUUGAUUUUCUUAUUUCAUAUGAGACCUUGGCCCUGUCUUAUAAAGAAGUGCGAUUGAUCAAAAUCAAGCGCAAGUUUGCAUUCUCCUAUCUCUUAUGUACAUCGUUGCGAUUCAUAUCAAUUGAAAAUAAGUUGUGAUUAAUAUCUACUGUUUAUAAGACAGUUGUUUUAUCAAUCAUAUUGAUUUCAUUUGUGAUUUUACCCUGCAAUAUAUAUUUCAGGGUAUAAGGUAUCUUCUAUUGUUGGUUUUCAUGAGAGUUGUUGUGAAUGAACAAACCCGAAAGUGCCUUCGUUUCGACACUCAUUCACAUCAUGAAUGGCCAGCAGAGGUUGAAAAAAAGUACAGAUGCAAAGAAAGGUCCUUAGGGUACUCACCUAUGUGUUUCUAUUAAGAUACAGAAAGGUACUGUUAUUAAGUGCAUUAUACUGAUUUAGCCCCGGCAGUUUUUACAUUGUAUCUCCAGAAAUGAUAGCAUUCUUCAAAUGAUGAUCACUUUUUAUCAUCAAUGAUCAUUAAUACACUAUUGAGAACAUAGGAUAUUUCGGCUCACCCAAUGCUGUGUAUUUCUAUAUGAAUAUUUUGAAAGUUUUUGUAAAACAGGGUGUAGAAUUUUUGUACAAGUUUUGUCUGUUUUCAGCAACUACACCUCUAAUAGUUUCAAUCUGAAUUUCAAUCUGAGUUUCAUUCAGGUUGCUGGCAAGUGAGUGAAGGAGUGAGGAUUAAUAUUUAGUGCAAAAUCUGUCCUCUGUGGAUGAAAUAUAACAAAGCUUUUCACAAGACAAGUUGGAGUUGAUUAAUAUCAAGAAUGAACCUUGUUUACUGAUUCUUAUUAUUAUUAUCUGUUUUGUUUUGUUUGUUUAUUCUACCAUGAUCUCUUUUUAGAGGGAUGGAACCUUGCAGAGUAUUAUCAAACGUAAUUAAUUCUGGGGAAUCAUAUAACUAUAGAUUUUUAUGUAUAUCUGUCAUCGACUUGUUGCAUGUUUCUCUUUAUUUGAUGAUCUAUAUAAGUGGUAAAGAUGUGUAUAUUGAUCUCUUGAAAUAUUAAUAAGUUGCAAUCUGCAAGUUGCAAUAUUUUGAUAGUUUAUAUUGAAAUGAAAAUUUAUUCUGUAUACCAGUAACCUACACACUUACAUGUACUUGUACCUCUAAUUCAUGUUCAUUAUCAUUUCAUUAGGUCGUAUGAAAUCAUUCAGAUGACUUCCUAUCAUGAAUAUUCAACUUGAUUAGUAAAAAGUAUAUUUAUAUGAAUAUUCACGAACCUGCAUAUUCAUGAAAUAAUUACAAGAAAUGAAUAUUCAUUAUGUACUCAUUAUUCUAAACGUACUAUCUUCUAAAGAGGACCUUUUUGUGUGCUGAUCUACUCUGUAUUCCAUUUAAGUUAUACUGUACAACACUAUGGAUGUUUCUUCCAUGUCUCAUAAUUUGUUGAUAUUCUAAAACUUGAAAUAUUUUGUAGCCUUUUUUAAUUGGAAGACUUGUGAUGACAUUUGUUGUUACUUUUUUAUACAGGCAUAAUGUCAUAUGGCAGCCUUUAUAUGGACAUAUUUAAACUUUUUCAGCCUAUUGUAAUAACUGUCUUUACCUCUUUAUGUGCCAUGAAAAUGAGCUCCUUGUGGCACAUGGCAUUUAUCAUGUGAUGGUUGUACUAGAAACUUGCAGAUUCUUGUAAUGUUUCCAGUAGAAACCGAGGCAUCGUUUCACGAAACCGUCAUAAGUACAAAUUCACCAACAUCCUAGCACCAACCUCUUUAUAAUAAAGAUAUACCGUACUUAUAUAGCGCAUAUCACAAUAUGUCUCUUGUGCAUCUGACCUACCUGCUUCUUCAGUCAUACGAUUCAUCUUUGCCUGAUGAAAAUGCCCUCACAGUGUCUUUUGCUGCCCAGAUGACUACUAAAUUAUUCCCAUAGGCUAAUAAUGCUGGGACCACCAGGAUCCCUUAUUGAAGGCAAAUGAAAGGUUACCAACAACGGUUGAUAUCUGAAUGAUAUUAAUAUAAUUUAUAUUUAUAAUGUAUGUUUACUAUUUUGAAAUAUUGUCUUGUAUUUUCCAAGUCUUCGUAGGCAAAAUUUGAAACAUUUAUAUUUUUAUUUUUUUCUGGGGGAUCCACAAACUACAAGCUCUGCUCUUUA